UACCAUCAUCCACAAAUAAUCUAGAAACGAGUUUAGAACAGGCUAGACAUGUACCACUUCUGAUGAACGAUUAGUUUUGUUUUAGCUUUUGUAAAAUCCGAAUAUGGUAAUUUGUUUGAGACAAUUUGUGCUUGUUUUGAUAUACGGAUGUACGUUUGCAAGAGGAAUAUGUACGGAUACGGCAGUGCUUGGAUAUUGUACAGCGAGUGUGUGUUCCAAUCAACAAGCACGCUCGGUGUGCUUGCGGACAUGUGGUUUCUGUCUCGAUUCUCAAGGUGGAGCACCUGCAUUUGCACAACCUCCACCAAAUGUAAAUGUGAUGAGUCGGCCUGAAAAUAAUUACAAUGGUCAUUCAAUCGACAGCGAAAAAACAAAGUAUGUUUAUAAGUGGAUGUUACUGAGAAUGUUAAAAUAAAUGGGCACGUAAGUGGUUUUAUAGAUCCCUUUUAGACGAACAAUUGUUAUUGUUGUUAUUUGGGCGACUCUUUCUACAUAUAUCAAGGCUAUAUUCUAUUAUCUUGUC